UGUUCUCUCUUCCUUUUGCAGACUCACACAUAUGAUGUCUCGAUUAGAUGUCACCGAAACCUUUCACAACAUCUUGUUUCCAGGGCACAUGCACACUCAGGACUCCCUGAGUUAUGCCACCAACUUCAAGUUUCAGGAUACAGAUACUGUAAUUGUCACCUACCCAAAAUCAGGAACUACAUGGAUACAGGAAAUCAUCACUCUAGUUCUGAGUAAAGGUGACCCAACUAUAGCCCAAACGCAGCCCAACUGGGCACGUGCACCGUGGCUUGAGCAGUGCUACUGCCCGAAAAUCCUAGAAGCCUCCACGGGCCCUCGAAUUAUAACUACACACCUGCCUUACCACCUACUGGCACCAGCCCUGCAACAUUCAAAAGCAAAGGUUAUCUAUGUGGCCCGAAAUCCCAAAGAUGUGGUUGUGUCCUAUUAUCACUUUCACAAGAUGGCCAACUUUCUGCCCGAUCCAGGCUCUUUCACAGAGUUUCUCGGAGCUUUCCUGAAGGGUACAGUGCAUUAUGGCUCUUGGUUUGAUCAUGUCAAGGGUUGGUUCGGCCAUGCGAAAGAUAUUCAGAACUUUCUUUACAUCACAUAUGAGGAAAUGUGGCAGGAUCUUCAUAGUUCUCUUGAGAAAGUGAGUCGUUUCCUGCAGUGUUCUUUAACUGAGGAUGAGCUGACCUACUCUCAGAAGCACUGCAGUUUCAAUAGCAUGAAGGAGAAUGCCAUGGUGAACUACACCCUCAUCCCUCACGAGAUCAUGAACCACAGCAAAGGCAAAUUCAUGAGGAAGGGUAAAAUGGGAGAUUGGAAGAACGUAUUCACUGAAGAGCAGAGUGACGUCUUUGAUGCCGUUUAUUCCUCUCAGAUGGGAGAUGCAUCACUGCUCUUUGAAUGGGAACACCCUGAAGACGCUCUACAGCCCAUGAUAACCAUUAAUACUCCUGAAUCCCAUUCACUCAGAGAGAUUGUGAAAUUUUCAUAAUACUCAACAUUGAAAGAUUGGGUUUGGUGAACUAUUAUAUAUAUAUAUAUACAGUAUAUAUAUUGCUGUUUUAUUCCUGUUUUUUAAUUAGUCCAAUGUAUGUGUGAUGUGUGUGUGUUUUAUGGGAUUCAUACAAAGGGUAAUUGAGGUUGAACUUUUUAAGGUUUCAAAUUUAAGGCUUUAAAAACAUUAUUUACAACAACAUUAAAUGUACAGUAUUAACAUUUAAUUGUCUAUUCUUGUACGUGUUCUUUAUGCUAUUUUAACAAAUGAAUGAAUCUUAGUGAUGUUGCUGUGCAGACAUAAUGUUAU